AUGUCCGAUCCGCAGCUGGCGCAUUUGCUACACGUCCUCGAGGCGCGAGGCAUAGGGCUCGGACGAGAUGAUGUCGCUUGGGCAUUUCAGAGUCCGGACACGAGUGAACAGCUGUCGGCUUGGAUAGACGAGCAUCUCUCGCCGGAGACCCUGCUGACGAGGGAGGAGUUGACCUUCCACGAGAAGCACAACACAUCGUCUGCCAGCGACAUAGCCACAGGCCCCUUGCUGUCCGAUGAGGACUUUGAAUCAGCCAUCAGCUCGCUCGAAGCCAGCACCGCUUCGAUCGAGAAGCAAUGCAAACUCCUAGAGGCUCAAAAGCAAGCCCUCCGCAAGAUUCAAUCCCGCAAUGCUUCAGACCGCACCCAUGACUCUUCCUCGAACGGCAAAAGCAACAGGCAUGCCCGCGAGAAGGCUCAGUCCGAGUUUGAAGCCUCUGAGCUAGCGGACUCAUUGCAAGCACGCCUUGAACGAGCCUCGAAGCAGGCGGAGCACUCGUCUACCGGGAUCCUACCUAUGGUCGAAAGGCUACUGGAGAAGGACAAUCGCUUGCUCGACGGCCUUGAGAAAGUGCUGCCGAAACUGACCGCCAAUGCUACCGAUGCCGCGGAACUGGAUGAGGUUGAGCGGCUGUGCCAGGCGCUUACCGUACUAUCUACUCAAGAGAUUCACGCGAGGAUCGAUGCUACGUACAAUGCUGCAAUUCGAGACUACAGUUCUCAAACGAACGGGAGCCGCAAGAGGCAAUCCUCGCAAAGUCUCGAAAGCCAGCGCGACUCGCUGCGAGCAGAGCUAGAGGAGCUAUGCCGCGAGAUCGACGGCCUCUCUACCAUGGCGGUCGAAGCCCAAUACCGCACCGCUAUCUCACGGGCCCUGCAAUCGGCAAUGUCCGAUAACGAAACCGAGCAAGCAGCGUGGGCAGAAUACAUGAGCUCAGCACUGCAGUACCUCACUGUCCGGCUAGAGGCCACUGAUGAGACUUCACGGGACAUUCGCGCACAGCGCUCUGCUUUGAAGACCAUCAAUGCUGCUUUCCAGGCUAUUCAGGCAUCCAGCAGUGACAGCAAGGCUGCUCAGAACAGAGCACAGUCGCCGGUAAAGCAGUCGCAGAAAGGUCUGAAGCCGCUGCGCCUGGUGCAAGCGAAUCUCUCUGAGUCCCACGAUCCAGUCACGCAACUAUUACGACAGCUCGAUGUCAAAGUCACAGAUUCGGGGGACGGCAGUCAAUUCACUGGAAGUCUGGCAGCAAGCACGAAGGACAAGCUCGAAAAACUGUCCUCACUCGCCACAAUCUCCGAGCGCGGCAUCGCCGACCAGCUGGCUCAGUCACUCGCAGAGGCGGACGCUGAUAUGCAAACCUUGCUCGCUGCGGUCUUCGAGCACUCGCCAUAUGGGACUGUGCGAUUGGCGGAUCAGGGGGCUACGGAUGGUAUUGAGGAUCUGGAGCAAAAGACGCAGAUUUUGGGUGAGAAGAUGCGGGGAUUGAAUGUGGAACAGAUCGCGAAAGAGGUCAAGAAGAGGCAGCAGGUUCUGUUGCAGGGAUAG